ACUUUCCUGUUGCAGUAGCGAGUGUCGGCGGCGUAUGCAAGCGUGUUAGUGAUAAAGUGCAAUUUGCCACACACACACACAAAUACGCAAGAGAAAAUUGUAAUAUUUUGAAUGUAACGGAGUUUUUCACUGUGCGAGUAUUUUUGAAAAAUAUUUAAAAAUUUAUUUGAAAAAUCUGCUGACAAUAAAUUUACAUUUUUUCAUUUGUGCGCAGUCAAGAAAUUUCGAAACACGCAUUUUUUCAAGUCGCACGAUCCGGACCUUGCACAACGUAAAAUCACGCGUGUGUGGCAAAGUUAACGGUCGGUAGUUGCUGAGCGGUAUUUGGGAAACCUAUUUGUUUUGCAAGUUUGAGCAAAUUUGUGGCAGAAAACUAAACUAUUUUAAGCUUUCAAUAAAUAGUUGCUAAUAACGGCUGCAAUAAACAAUAACUGCGGUGUAAUUUAUAAUAUGUAGCAUACUUUUGUGCGCGAGGUAUGUGUGUAACAGAGGGAAUGCUUGCUAAAUAAUAAAGUUAAUCAAAAACUGUAAUUCAACAUUUAUUAUUAAUAAUUUUCUAGAAGAAAAAUGAAUAAAACGAAAAGUGCUGCAUAUCCUAAGGCGCAUAAAUAGAGAUACUGGCGUUUUAUGGAAAACUAUAUAAAUAUUGAGCUCUUAUUGGUUACAACUGAAGAACGAUUUGGGAAAGUAAUACUAAACCGAAAACUAUUGCAUACCUGCAGGCGCAUUAGUCGCGAUACUGACUUUUUACGAACACUAUACAAACAUUGUGUUGUUAUAGAUUAAAUUUAAAAACGAUUUGUUAAAAUAUUAUUAAAUCGAAAACUGUAGCAUACCUUCAGGCGCAAAUGAAGAGAUACUUGCUUUCUUCGAACAUUUUAAAAAAUUGUGCUCUUUUCAACUAUAAGUGAAGAAAAAUUUCUGAAAAUUUUAUUGAAACUAAAAUUAUUGCAUACCUUAAGGCAAUAAUAAAAAAGACUCUUCCUCGCUUCGAAAACUACAUAAAAUUUGAGCUCGUUUUAGUUGCAAUUGAAAAGAGAUUUGUGAAAACAUUACUGAACCAAAAUUUAUUGCAUACCUACAGGCGCAUAAGUGAAAAUAUUGGCGUUUUAUGUAAAACUAUAUGAAAAUUGAGCUCUUAUUAGUUACAAUUAAAAAACGAUCUGUAAAAAUAUUUUUAUACGCUUUAAUUGCAUACUUUUGCGCGCAAACUUCUUAUAAAUGACUUUUCAAGUAAGUUUUUUGAAGAAAUGUUUGAUGUCGUUACUAGUGAAUUGCUACAAAAUUUUUUAGCACUACAAAAAACGCGCAACGCUUAAAUAACGGCUUAAAGUAACUGCGAAAAAAAAUAUAUAAAAGAAAGACUUUUCGGAUAUCAUAACUAAUUUGAAGGCGGAUUUUUGACAUACUUAACAAUUGAAGGCCAAAAGCAUUGCAUACUUUUUGGCAUACGGCUGUUAGAAACAAUUCAAGACUGUAAAAUAGUGCGAGAGGCAUGUUUCUGUGGGUAUAUUAAGCAUUAAUAUACAUAAAAAGUGUAUCAAUAUAAUACUAACUCUAAUAAUAGCAUAACUUUUGGCUACGUUUCUCAAAAAUAACAUUGAAGGCCAAAAGCAUUGCAUACUUUUUGGCAUACGGCUGCUAGAAAAGACAUUCUCGAAAGCAAAAUUAAUUUGCAACAGCUGAAGUGAAUAUUUCAAACCUUGAGCAAUAUUUGAAUAAUUUCAGCAACCUAAAAGUAUACUAAAAGAUUCGAAAUAUGUAAAUAAUGUGAAAUUUUUAAACGCCACUAACAAAAAAACAACAGUUACAUAUAAACACUGAAAAUUAAAAAAUAUUGUUAACUUAGACAACGCCUAAAAUUAGGCUACAAAAGUAAUAAGCAUAUUUCAACCGCACUUUUGGUAACAAUACAACGUAUUUUCAUAUACUACUGUUAAGCAUAUCAUUUGCUAGAAUAAAACAACAACAAAAAUAUACCUACUAAUACUUUUCGAAACGAUAUUUAUACACAAAACUACACUGAGAGUAUAUCUCGCUCGCUUAAAGUUGAACGGUUGUGAACAGUACGCUAGCACACAUACACACACACAUCAAAAUAUAUAAAUACAUGCUGUGUAAAUUGUGGCUAAGUUUGGAAAAUAAUAAAUAUAAGCUCUAACUAACUUUUCGUAAAACACAUUGCAUACGUUAAGGCGCACUUUGUAAGAAAAAUUAAAUUAAAACGCAGAUAAGCAGUAAAAAGUGAAUGAAAACGAAUGUAAAACUUACGAAAAAUUUAAAAUUAUUAAUAAUUAAUAAAUUAUAAAUACGCGCUUGACAUUUUGUUGACAUUUUGCCGUCGCUUUGCCGCUAUGCACUUGUCGCAGCGCACAACAAGGCACAACUAAAGCAAGCAUUGCAAAUAUAUUACGUUGAAAGUGACAAUAAAAGUACGGCGAAGACAAAAAUACAAGAAAAAACAAAUAUUUAACACGCAAGCAAUUUGCGCUCUUUGGAGAAAGCGAAUUAAGAAUUUUCUACAAAAGGACUUUGGCGCGGCGAACUGUGUGAAUACAAGCGACGGAGCCAACAAGCAGCCAGCAAAGCAGAUAAACAGCAGCAGACACGUGGACACAAGCAGCAAAAACAGCAACAAAAGCGGCAACAGGAAAAUCAAGUAAUAUACACAAAGGGUGACACGGCGUAUGAGUAACCUAAAAAUCUUAAAAUUCCUCACAAAAAGAUUGCAAUUAAGUGAAGUUCGAAGCGGUUAAUUUGUCAACUGAUUUGCAGCUAAAAUUGUAUAAAAACGGUGUAAACUGACAAUGAUUUGAAAAGUGCUAAUCGCACAUAGAAACUCGGCAGCAAGCAGAAAAAUAUUACUAUAAGUAACGGCAUUAAGCAAUAAAAAAAUACCAAAAAUUUCAAUAAUUAAUAGUUAAUAAAUUCAACAAAAAUUGCAGUUUAAUAGCUACAAAAACAAUAACAAAAAAAUAAAAAAAAAAAUAAAUUAAAAAAAGUUGUAAACGUAUUAAAUAGCAAUAAAGUGCGCAAAACUGCUGCGUAGCUAUUUCAUGCCACCAAAAACUCAACAACAAUAACUUUAAAAUACUGCACAAAACAUAUACCCAACUCAAUUAAAAUUAUUACAUGCCAUAAAUCAAUUAAUUAAAUGCACAUAAAAAUCAACUGAUAAUGCGACGGCAAACUGCGUAAAAAAAUCACAAAACAGUGCUUGAUAAAAAAUUGGAAAGUGCAACACAAGCAGCUUUUUUUAAGCACACAAAGUGUUACAAGUGAAGUGGUUGUUGAAAAAACACAUUGUGCAAAGUUAAAGUUUGCACAAAAAGUGGCUUAAUUUUAUAUAAAGCGAAAUUUAUUGAAAUAUUGGCAGCGUGAGUGCCUGAGAACGGCGCAGUUAGUGCAAAAACCUAUAAAAGAUCAAGCAAAAUGCAGUGCGUCUUUUAUAAGCACUAAUCCGAAACGUUUGUGUGUGCAUGAAAAUUUUUUAAAUAACCAAUACUGUCAAAGUGAGUUUGUGCUAUAAUCUUUGUGCUAUAAAAAUUUCAUUGAUGUGCUGAAAGUCUAACAGAUGAAAAUAUGAAUUACCAAAAAGGCAUUAAGGAUCCCAAUUUGGAGCGGCAUACAAAAGGGAAAACACGUCAUUUCACGGUGAACGGUUUUAAUACGCAUGCACAGCAGCAACAGCAACAACAACAAGUGCAACUGCAAAGCCAGAGUGACGUGCGUAAUAUUUACAAUAAUCCUUAUACGCCACCAACAGCACCGACAACAACAUUAAGCCAACAGCAACAGCAAACACAUCGCUUGCAGCAGCAGCAACAACAACAGCAAUUGUUGUACAAAUCUAUUGCCAGCGGUGUUGUUGGAAAUAGUGGCACGAAUCAAUACGAUUACCCACCAACGCCAGCGAGUGAACAUCAGCAUCAGCUACAACAGCAGCAACAACAAUUGCAACAGCAACUUCAGCUACAACAACAGCAGCAGCAACAACAACAAUUGAGCAACGUCUUGGAAGCAGAUAAUAAUACCUUCACCAGUCAUAAUAAAGACUGUCAGUCCACUGUAGUGGAGUAUGGUGUAUCAAAGUAG